AGUGCGUCCAGAGCGGCUACUCUGAUGGACUCGGUGCUUCCCCUCCACGUUUCCCUCUGUUGUAUUCAAAUCAGGCAACAAUGGGCCGCCCGUCUGGGAGGGGCCGCGGGUAGUCCCUCAGAUGCUGGUGGCCAGGCCACUGGAAGGGCAGAAACCUCUUUGGCUGGACAUCUGGACCAUGGACAGGGAUCUGAGUGACGAGGACAGUGCGGCCGACCUCAGCUUCGAGGCCGAGAGCCCUCUGGUGCCUCCAGUGGAGCUCCUGGAGAGGCUGCCCAGCUAUGACUGCCUUGUUCAAGGAGGCGGACAGCAGAUCUUCUUCCCACCCUUGGAGGCCCCGCGGAGACCCCAGCAACAAACAUGCUGGUCCUCGUUCCUGCAACACAGCAGAGUCCCCAUGGUGACGGAGGAGGUGGCGCGUGAAGCCCUCCUCAGCUUCGUGAGCUCCAAAUGCUGCUAUGGCCGCUCAGCCGCCAGGGACCUGGUCAUCCAGCAGAUGAAGCAGCAGAUGCUGUGCCGGUAUCGACUGGAGACUUUCAGCGAAUCCAGGAUCAGUGAAUGGACAUUUCAGCCCUUCACUAACCACGUGGUGGACGGGCCGAGAAGAGGGACCUCCCCCAAGCUCUGGGACAUCAAGGUCCAGGUCCCCCCGAUGUUCCAGGAGGAAACCAGGAAGUUCCAGGUCCCUCACUCGUCGCUGGUCAAGGAAUGCCACAAGUGCCACGGGCGGGGACACUACAAGUGCAGCGGCUGCCACGGGGCCUCCAUGGUGAGGUGCCCCUCCUGCAGCGGAGCCAAGCGCAGAGCCAAGCAGCCCGGGCGGUGCCAGCUGUGCGCGGGGUCGGGCAGGCACAGGUGCAGCACGUGUUCGGGGCGGGGGAACAAGACCUGUGCCACCUGCAAGGGCGAGAAGAAGCUGCUGCACUUUGUCCAGCUGGUCAUCGUGUGGAAGAACAGCCUGUUUGAGUUUGUGUCCGAGCACCGGCUGAACUGCCCCGCACAGCUCCUAGCCAAAGCCAAAGGAGAGAACCUCUUUAAGGACGAAAACACGACGGUGUACCCCCUGGCGGACUUCCCGCUGCGGGAGAUCUCGCUGGCCUCCCAGCGCGGCAUCGCCCAGCACAGCGCCGCCACCCUGGCCUCCAGGGCCCGCGUCCUUCAGCAGCGCCAGACCAUCGAGCUGAUCCCGCUCACGGAGGUGAGUUACUGGUACCAGGGGAAGACAAGCGUCUACUACAUCUACGGCACCGACCACCGGGUGUACGCGGCCGACUACCCUGAGCGGUUCUGCUGCAGCUGCACCAUCCUCUGACUCAGCCCCGCUGCCCCCAGCCCGCCGCUCACACCCACCGGGAGGACGGCCGAGGCCUCGGAGCGCACGCAUCAUUGGCUGCUUUGGACAGUCGCUCACCGACGCUGGCUUGUCUGUCUGUCCUUCCAGAGAAUUCGCCUCACCAUCUUCCAAGCACAGGGCAUUCCGGAACUCUGCUGGUGGCCUCCAUCCUGUGUCUCACCUGCAACAGCUCAACUCCAUGCAACCCUUCAGGACACACAGAGCAAAGGCGAUGCCUGGCUGCUUGUGGGGUGGCCCCCACUUUCCCUGGGCCAGGCGCUCCUCUGUGCAUGGAUCGGCUGCCCCUUCACGCACACCAAGGAGGGCGCUCGGGCACGAAGUACCUUCCUAUCCUAGAUCUUGACUUCCUGUGGGGCAGGAAUUCAGGCACGGCCAUCCUGGGCAGGGUUUAUCUCUGCUGUGUGAUGCCUGGGACCCCUCCCGGGAAGACCCGAAGGCUGCGAUGGCUCCGGGGCAGGGCCUGAGAUCACCUGAAGGCCGGUCACCAGAGAUCUGGGGCUGGCGUGGCUGUUGGCUGGGACCUCCACCGGGCUGUCAGCUGGAGCACCUGCAAGCGGCCUCUCCGUGCAGCUUGGGCUUCCUCACAAUGUGGCUGCCGUAGGCUCAGUGCCCCUCACAGCCCCAGUUCCCGAAGGGGAAAGCACACCUGCUGUGUUGGAUGGACGGAGGGUGUGCAUGUGUGUGUGUCAGGGAGGGGAGUCAAGGGCAGGCCGAGGUGCUCCCUUAGAUUGGGGGUGACUCUGACUGUGGAGACAGAGCCUGGUGGUGGCGGGGGAGACAGGGAGAGUUCCUCCAGGCUUCCCACUCCUCUUCUGUGGAAGCUCAGAAGCUCUGUGUGCUCCGCCUGGAGGCUCCGGCUCUGGUCGGCUGACAAGGGAAGCCAGCCCCCCUCCCUUGGUGUCCCCACCCACCUUCCUGGUCUCAGAGGGGGUGCUUCUGCCCCGGGCCCUGCACAAUGGAGGGGACGGGUGGUGGAGUCCGGGAAAGCUGAUGCCCCCAUGCCUGGGGCAUCCCACGAUGAAGCUCCUCCCCACGUCUCACAGGAUUGUGGAAAUCCCACGACAUUCAUGCCGAACUGAGUCAGACAGACUCUCAUCAGUUACCCCUGAGCACAGGCCGGUGUUUACAUAGAGCCAACUCCUCUGAUUUCCCAGACUCCUUUGAAAUGG